AGUAGUGCCACUGUGCUUAACAGCAGAGCGUCUCUUACUGUAUUUUAAUUUUUUUUUCCUCUCUCUCUUUAAAUAAUCCAAAAUCAAAUCCCUCUCUUUCUCUCUCCAUCAUCGCUGUAAGAGAAAGGGCCAGAUUUAAAUCACAAUCUUUAGAUAGAGAGAGAAAAAAACAGAGCAAAAACACUCUCUCUCUCCCUCUCUCUAACAUUUUAGCUUCAAAGUCUACUCUCUCUCUAUCUCUCUAUCUCUCUAUCUGUAGUCUAUACAUUUCACUCUCUGUGGUUAAGUAGCUGCUUACAAUCACUGUUUCAAUUACCAGAUUUGGUUUAUAUAUUUGUCGCCUUUCAAUCUAUACUCUCUCUUGAGAGAGAAAGCAAAAAUCAAGAGAAAAAGAAGCGUUGUAGCGUGUGAUUUGAAGGUGCUGGCAUUUAGAUCUUGGUGCAUUUGGAUGUGAGGCAUAGACGGAGAGAGGGAGGAUCAGAUCGGACAUGGCGGAGGUUUCCGGCGACGGAACGGUUGUAGCUGAGGUGAAUGGUGGUGCUGUGACUGCUACGGCAACUCCUACUCAGCAGCUUACUGUUUCUGGAUCGUUUAAGGAAGGGCCGAAGAGUUCUUCUCGUAGGAGGACGUCGGUGAGGCCUAGUUUCGAUGCUGACAAUGAGUUCAUUACUUUGAUGCACGGGUCGGAUCCGGUAAAGCUUGAGCUUAAUCGGCUUGAGAAUGAAGUUAGAGAUAAGGAUAGAGAGUUAGGAGAAGCACAAGCUGAGAUCAAAGCGCUGAGAUUGUCCGAGAGACUGAAGGAGAAGGCCGUCGAAGAGCGAACUGAGGAACUCUCAAAGGUGGAGGAAAAGCUCAAAUUAACAGAAUCCCUUCUAGAAAGCAAGAAUCUUGAAAUCAAGAAAAUCAAUGAUGAGAAGAAGGCUUCCAUGGCAGCUCAGUUUGCAGCUGAAGCAACUCUCCGAAGAGUACAUGCUGCUCAGAAGGAUGAUGAUAUGCCUCCAAUUGAAGCCAUUCUUGCACCCUUGGAGGCUGAGCUCAAGCUUGCUCGUCUGGAGAUCACAAAGCUUCAAGAUGAUAACAAAGCAUUAGAUCGGCUGACCAAGUCAAAAGAAGCGGCUUUACUUGAAGCUGAGAGGACUGUUCAAGUUGCUUUGGCUAAGGCCUCUAUGGUGGAUGAUCUCCAAAAUAAGAACCAAGAACUAAUGAAACAGAUAGAAAUUUGUCAGGAAGAAAAUAAAAUUUUAGACAAAAUGCAUAGACAAAAGGUUGCGGAGGUUGAAAAGCUUACACAGACUGUGAGGGAACUGGAAGAGGCAGUUCUUGCUGGUGGUGCAGCUGCAAAUGCUGUGAGGGAUUACCAGCGGAAAGUUCAGGAGAUGAAUGAGGAAAGAAAAACACUUGACCGGGAGCUGGCCCGUGCAAAGGUAACAGCAAAUAGAGUGGCCACAGUGGUAGCAAAUGAAUGGAAAGAUGCAAAUGACAAGGUCAUGCCUGUAAAACAAUGGCUCGAAGAACGGAGGUUUUUGCAGGGAGAAAUGCAGCAACUUCGCGACAAGCUUGCUAUCACUGAGCGCACUGCAAAGUCUGAAGCACAGUUGAAAGAGAAAUAUCAGCUGCGGCUCAAAGUUCUAGAGGAAAGCUUGAGAGGGUCUUCAAGUAGUAAUCGCAGUGCAGCAGAGGGAAGAAGUAUAAGCAAUGGGCCUUCUCGCCGUCAGUCCCUUGGUGGAGCUGAUAACAUCUCAAAAUUGACCUCCAAUGGCUUUUUGUCUAAGAGAACACCAACGUCUCAGUUGAGAUCCUUGUCCUCUAGUACCAAUUCAGUGCUUAAGCAUGCUAAAGGAACAUCAAAAUCAUUUGAUGGUGGCACAAGAUCAUUGGAUAGGGGCAGUAGGGUGCUCUUAAAUGGGGCUAGUCCCAACUGUUCAUUCAACCAACCUUGUGACAGAACCAAGGAUGCUGAGGCAACUGAUACUUGGAAAGGAAAUCCUGAUGAGAAGCCCAGUGAGUUCCCGGCAGCGGAAACAGAGGAUAGCGUUCCAGGGAUAUUGUAUGAUUUGCUGCAAAAAGAGGUUGUAGCUUUGAGGAAAGCUGGUCAUGAAAAAGAUCAAAGCCUCAAAGAUAAGGAUGAUGCAAUUGAGAUGUUGGCAAAGAAGGUAGAAACAUUAACCAAAGCAAUGGAAGUUGAGGCAAAGAAGAUGAGAAGAGAAGUAGCGGCCAUGGAGAAGGAAGUUGCUGCCAUGCGUGUAGAGAAAGACCAUGAAAAUAGGGCAAAGCGGUUUGGUAAUUCAAAAGGGCCUGUUAGUGCAGCUCAGCUUCUACCUGGAAGAAGUGUCACACGAGGUGGAUUAACACGCAGCACCCAAUGACACGAUAAAUUCUACAAUCAGAAUCAGUGAGGCAUAAAUCUGCAUAGGCCUUGUUCUUUAGUUCUUUCUUAAUAUUUUUUUUUUUCUUUUAUUUUCCCCUUCUACUGUGAUUGAUUAUAAGAUGGUAACUCGCAUGCCAAUGACCCAGUGUGACUAUUGUAAUUGGCAAAGAGAAGUAAAAACUCAGGGAAGAGAACAGUAUCAGAGGAUGAAGGAAAUUGGCAUGCUUCUGACAUAGAAUGUUUUUCCUCUGCUUAGAGAUCAGCAGAAAAAAAAUACUACUAAAAAAGAAAAGGGAAGAAAUUGACUUUGGGCUAACCUUUUGUCAGGUUUUUCUUUUGAGUGGGCAGUGGUUGUGUGGUUGUAUAGGUAGCAGAGGUUAUGGGUUUUCUGUUGUCUACCAUUUUGCAGUUUAUAUUGUAUUCUGCAGCUAGUGUGAUUGUUGUCGGUUCAGGUUUGUUAAUAUUUUUGUAAUCAGAUCAAAUACAGAUCUUUGUGGUUGUGUUAUUCAUCUAUAGUUUAUUGUUGGUUAUAAAUCUCUCCAGAUGAUUGACUUGGUU